AUGAGUCAGAUCGACGCGUUCAACGCCUCGUUCCCCGCCGACUCCGCGCUGCUCUCUAUCGGCGGCAACGACCUCUGCUUCUUCGACGUGAUGAACGCCUGCAUCUUCCGCUUCUACGACUUCUACUCCGGGACCUGCGAGACGGCGCUCGAGAAGUCACGCCACAGCAUCGAGAGCGAGGAGUUCGAGAACCGCGUGCAGAUUCUCAUCAUGGAGAUCCUCGACAAGGUCCGCUGGGAGAAGAAGCCGUGGUUCUUCGUCGUGAUGACGGGGUAUGGUAGGUUCUUCAACGAGAUGACGGACGGGUGUGACGAGAUGAGCUUCGGCGUCUGGUGGAACGGGCCGAAGCUGAAGAAGGGACUGAGACUCCAGAUGAAUGCGCUGGUGCUUGCCGUCAAUGCCAAGCUGAGGAAAAUGGUUGAUAUGGUGAACUCGCGGUUUAACAGGGACAAGGUCCUCUUCGUUGACUAUGAUGAAAAGUUUGAUGGCCAUCGCUUCUGCAAAGCGAAUGUUACGGAGCCGGAUUACAGCCGCAAUGAGACGUGGUUCUUCCUCGUCGGCGGGCCAGAUAAUGCGCGAAACGACACACGAGCGAAUCAUACGUCGGACGUCGAAACGUUGUCACCAGCAUCGACCUUGGUUGACCCGUCGUCCUGCCUCGAGCCGGCUCGAACGUCUGGCGACUGGGGCGAGCUCGCCUUGUGCUAUAUGGUUAUGGCGAAGCAACGCGACCCGAUGCUCAAACCUACCCGUGGUGGUCUUUAUGCCCAGAGUAACGGGAUGUGGUACGUCCCGACAUACUACGGCAAGACCUUUCAUCCUAGAACGCUCGGGCAUGAGAGGGUGAGAAACGCCAUUUACAAGGCGUGGCACGAACUUGAGUCACGAUAA